CCGUGUAAAACUCAUUUUACUACCAUUGCGGGAAAAGAAAGAAAAAUCAUUACAACCAAACAGGGAGCAAUCCCUUUUCUCUCUCUAUCUCGCCGCCCACCACCGCCGGCCGCCGCCCCCGCCCCGAAACCCACCGCGAAAUCUCACUCACAUUCAACUUAUAGUCAUUUUUCCUUCAUUAGGGUAGACCCAUUCAUUCAUCUUUGCAAAACUGGCCGUUCAUCUUCACGGCCAUCCCAUUUCGUUCGCCAUGACCAACGCCUGCGUUGCAAGAUUCGGAACGGGCAUCCACAAAGCAGCACUCCCACUCCCUCGGAAACGAAAAUUCGGAAUAGUAUUCACAAGAAACUUCUCAACAUUCGCCUCGCACACUUCCCACGUUUACCCCUCCUCCCCUUUCGUAUUAAACUGCCACCUGGCACCAUCAUCGCCGUCGUCGGACGCUCCACAACGCUCCGAAGAAUGGUUCGCCCUGCGCAAAGACAGGCUAACAACCAGCACAUUCAGCACCGCCUUAGGAAUAUGGAAAGGCAACCGCCGCCACGAACUCUGGCAAGAAAAAGUCUACGCCCCCGUCCUGCAGUCAACCGAGCCCUCGAAGCAGAGCGCCAUGCAGUGGGGGGUGCUCAACGAAUCGAUAGCCAUCGAUCGAUACAAAACCAUCACAGGCCGCGAAGUGGGUUCUCUAGGUUUCGCGGUCCACUCCGAGGAGCGGUACCACUGGAUCGGAGCCUCGCCGGACGGUAUACUGGGGCCCACGCCAGGUGGCGGAAUUCUUGAAGUGAAGUGUCCUUACAAUAAGGGGAAGCCAGAGACGAUGCUGCCUUGGUCGAGUAUGCCGUUUUAUUACAUGCCUCAAGUGCAGGGGCAAAUGGAAGUUAUGGAUCGGGAUUGGGUGGAUUUGUACUGCUGGACGCCGAACGGGAGCACGAUAUUCCGUGUUUGUCGAGAUCGUGAGUAUUGGGAACUGUUGCACGGGGUUUUGAGGGAGUUUUGGUGGGGGAAUGUUUUACCUGCCAGAGAGGCGCUUUUGUUGGGAAACGAGGAAAAGGCGAGAUCUUUCAAACCAGGGUCCACGCAUAAAUUAACGGGGCUUGUUAUUUUUAAAAGUAUUAAAUUGGCCGGGGAGUCGAAGUUGCUUUGCAGGGAGAUUGCUGGACACGUGGAGUUUUUCCGUUGAUUUUGGGCUGCCUUUGUUUAGGUAAGGGAAACGAAUUUUCUAUCUCGUUUUUCCGAUUAGAUUGUUCUAUAGUUUCGAUAUUUAAUUGGACUCGUAAAAUUUGUAAUGGCAAAUGGUUAAAAUCAAAAUCGGUUUAUUAUACGUGUUUAUUCUUGC